UAAACGAGACAGCAUCCAUCCAUCCAGCGAUAAGAGCGGAGAGGAAGAAAAGAAAGGAAGAUGAGCGGCUGCCUGUGCCUCCCCUGCUAUAAAAAGGCGGCAGCUCCCAAGGAGGGCGGCAGCUCUGCAGCAGCAGCGAAGCCGUCGCCCAUAGAUUCCCUCACUUCGUCGCUCCUCCAGGACCAGAAGCCCACCCACCUUCCACCACCUCCUCCACCGUCCUUCAAGAGCAUGGACGCCGUCGAGCGCUUGAAGAGCGGGUUCGACCAGUUCAAGGCCGAUGUCUACGACAAGAGGCCGGAGCUGUUCGAGCCGCUCAAAGCCGGCCAGGCCCCCAGGUACAUGGUGUUCGCCUGCGCCGACUCGCGCGUGUGCCCGUCGGUGACCCUCGGCCUGCAGCCCGGCGAGGCAUUCACCAUCCGCAACAUCGCCAACAUGGUCCCAGCUUACGACAAGAACCGGUACGCCGGCAUUGGGUCCGCCAUCGAGUACGCCGUCUGCGCCCUCAAGGUGGAGGUCAUCGUGGUCAUUGGCCACAGCCGCUGCGGCGGCAUCAAGGCGCUCCUCUCGCUCCAGGACGGCGCACCCGACACCUUCCACUUCGUUGAGGACUGGGUCAGGAUCGGCUUCCCCGCCAAGAAGAAGGUUCAGACCGAGUGCGCCUCGCUGCCUUUCGACGGCCAAUGCGAUGUCUUGGAAAAGGAGGCCGUGAACGUGUCCCUCGAGAACCUCAAGUCCUACCCCUUCGUCAAGGAAGGGCUGGCGAACGGGACCCUCAAGCUGGUCGGCGGCCACUACGACUUCGUCUCCGGCAAGUUCGACACAUGGGAGCCGUUGACCUUUGGUGUAUUGUUCUUGCAGGCCAUGGACGCCGUCGAGCGCUUGAAGAGCGGGUUUGACAAGUUCAAGGCCGAUGUCUACGACACGAAGCCGGAGCUGUUCGAGCCGCUCAAGGCCAGCCAGUCCCCCCGGUACAUGGUGUUCGCCUGCGCCGACUCCCGCGUGUGCCCGUCGGUGACCCUGGGUCUGCAGCCCGGUGAGGCCUUCACUGUCCGCAACAUCGCCAGCAUGGUCCCAGCCUACGACAAGACCCGGUACGCCGGCGUCGGGUCCGCCAUCGAGUACGCCGUCUGCGCGCUCAAGGUGGAGGCCAUCGUGGUCAUUGGCCACAGCCGCUGCGGCGGCAUCAAGGCGCUCCUCUCGCUCCAGGACGGCGCGCCCGACACCUUCCACUUCGUGGAGGACUGGGUCAGGAUCGGCUGCCCCGCUAAGAAGAAGGUGCAGGACGAGCACGCCACAGUUCCUUUCGCUGACCAAUGCUCCAUCUUGGAAAAGGAGGCCGUGAACGUGUCCCUCGAGAACCUCAAGACCUAUCCGUUCGUCAUGGAAGGGCUGGGGAAGGGCACCCUCAAGCUCGUCGGCGCCCACUACGACUUCGUCUCCGGCAAGUUCGAGACCUGGGAGCCGUAAGUGGUCAGCCAGCUGCUAACUCCUACACGACUAAACCAUACAUACAAAUAUGCACCCGAUCGAUGUGAAUGCGUGGAGUGCUUAUUUUCCACUGAUGUGAGUUGUAAUAAGCAAUAGUAUUAUAUAUAAUAUACGAUGCAUAAUUUUAUCGCCUUGUGGUGGAAAGACAUCGGCUAUAAUCUUUUAAAUAAUAUUAUCACAAAGAGUUUACCAUUUAUACUA